GAUGAGAAAGAUGGCUGUGGUUUUGUGUCUGGUUUUGAGUAUGUGGGCUUGGCUAAGUGGGAGAGGGCUGUCACAGAUCAUCACUAACCCACCACAGCAGCAAGUUCCAUGUUUCUUCAUAUUCGGAGACUCUCUGGUUGACAAUGGCAAUAACAAUGGCAUUCUCACUCUUGCUAGGGCCAAUUAUCGUCCUUAUGGCAUUGACUUCCCUCUUGGUCCCACUGGUCGCUUCACCAACGGUCGAACUUUUGUUGAUGCCUUAGCUCAGCUUAUGGGAUUCCCAAAUUACAUUCCACCUUAUUCAAGAACAAGGGGACCUCAACUAUUAAGAGGGGCUAAUUAUGCUUCUGGAGCAGCUGGCAUCAGAGAUGAAACUGGCACCAAUCUGGGUGCUCACGCAUCCAUGAAUGAGCAAGUGGCAAAUUUUGGCAACACAGUGGGAGAGUUUAGUAGAUUUUUCAGAGGAGACAACGCUUCACUAAAUGACUACCUAAGCAAAUGCAUAUUCUUUUCCGGCAUGGGAAGCAACGAUUACCUUAACAAUUAUUUCAUGCCUGAGUUCUAUGCAACCAGCUCUGAUUAUACUGCCAGAGCUUUUGCCAAUCUCCUCCUUCAAGAUUACUCUCGCCAGCUAACUCAAUUGUACUCACUGGGAGCUCGCAAGGUGAUAGUGACAGCAGUAGGGCAGAUAGGGUGCAUUCCAUACCAGCUUGCUCGUUUCCGCAGCAACAACACAAGGGUCAGAUGCAAUGAUAAGUUCAACAAUGCCAUCUCCUUCUUCAACUCUGGCCUUCGCAGUUUGGUUCAGACUUUCAAUAAUGGCAAACUUCCUGGAUCCAAGUUUGUGUUCUUGGAUUUCUAUGAAACCAGUCAACAGUUGUAUCUCAAUGGAUCAUCAUAUGGAUUUGAAGUGAUGGACAAGGGAUGUUGUGGGGUAGGGAGAAACAAUGGACAAAUAACGUGUCUUCCUCUGCAACAACCAUGUGAAGAUAGAAACAAGUACUUGUUCUGGGAUGCUUUUCAUCCCACUGAGGUUGCCAACAUUUUACUUGCUAAGAUGUCUUACACUUCUCAAUCUUACACUUAUCCCAUUAAUAUUCAACAAUUGGUCAUGUUAUAAUUAAUUAAUUAGCGUGAAUCACCAAUGCAGAUUCAGAUUAAUAAUAAUGUUGUGUCUCAAGUUUAGUUUAUGUGGUUGCAAUUCUCUGAUUUCAUUAAUUUCAAUUUGUAUGCUCUUCAAUCGUUGUAGAAUAAUAGUAAGAAUGUAAUAAGGAUAUUAUCUGUUUGCUUCUUAUCACUCAAUAAUUAUUGUAUACUUUGAUUUA